AUGCGACUACGCUUGAGCGCGGCCUCUGGCAGGCUAUCGCGAACCCCGCUGUGCCACGCACUCUGGUGGGGCGGAUGUCAGGCUAUGUGCAUGACGAAGCCAACGCGGUCGUUGCUGCGUGCGCCCAGCGAAGCCCCAGAGGUGCUGCAAGUGGAGCUGCUGGUGCCGGAUGACGUCACUGCAGGCAGUAACAAUAACAGGAACACGUACAGCAACGGUGACGGCGACGACGCGGAUGACUUUGCAGAGUUGGAAGAGAACGAGGCAAGCAAAGAUGCUGCUGCGGAGACGGUCACGACUGUCGAUGCCUUCGCUCGGGCGAAAGUGGCAAAUUUUGUGAAGCGCAUGUUGUCCAGUGCGUCUGCGAAGUCGUCGCAGUCUGCUGCUGCUGCGGGUAGCCUGUUGACAGAGGUCCGAGAAGUGCAGACCACAGGCGACGAGGAAGCGCUGUUCCACGCCAGGGUUCGUGUCCCACUUCCUCCCGAGUAUGGCGAGCGCUGGGGGGAAGGAUUGGCUCCAACCGAGAAGGAGGCUGAGCUGGUGGCAGCCAUGCAUGCGGAGCGCGUUAUUGACGCUAUGGGGCUCCCGAUGUUUCAGCUCACGUCGAAGCAGAAACGGCACGCAGAGGCGGCCCGAAACGCAGGACGAUGGGCGCCAAUGCCAGGCGACAGUCCCCGACCUCCCACUACACCCUCCCCGCCGCGACUGCAGCUGCUGCGCGAGGGCGCAAUGAAGGCGGCGGAGCGGCAGCUCCAAAUUGACAAGAUGACAUUUUCUAAUGUCACGGUGGGUUCUUUUACUCCCAUGAAAUUAACAUUGGCCUCUCCUUUUUUUCUUGAUUAUGGAAGCGUCUACCGUGUAAAAGAGUUUUUUGCGGCAUAUAACUGCAAUAUUCAGCGCUAUUCGCGUGUGACACCGCUUCAUAAAUGCAACGUUAAGGACAAGCCUGUUGUGGGUGGGGAAGCGAUGGCGCCUACGAGUGAUGGUGCUGAUGAUAGUAAUAAAAUGUUUGUUGCACAAAUAAAAUUGCCUAUUGAUGGACGAUUUGGGGAACGUAUUGCAUGUGGCAAAUCGCCGACAAAGAAGGAGGCGAUUGCGCUCGCAUGUAUGCAUGCCGAGCUCAUUAUAGAUGCACUAGGACUUGCGUUGUAUCCUUCUAACAGAGAGAAGCAAGAGACCCAUGCGGAGGAGUGCAGAAAAGUGAAUCGUUGGUGUAGCAGACCUUCCGACUGCGAGUAUCACUACACAAAGUCCUCCCCACCGCCGCUUCAACUCUUCAAAGAGGGCGUGCUGACGACUGCGACUGAGGUGGACUCCGUGGCUAGUGUGGAAUCCGUUCUUAUAAGUCACGCUAAGGCCAUUGAAGGGUUUACAAACGUAACGGAGGUGCGAAAACUUGAACCAGCUUCCCGCCGAGAUUUUUUGAACUAUCUUGCACAACACCAGAACGGUUCAAUUGGCGUGCGUGCUCCAUUUUUUGUGGAGUCCCUUGGCAUAAAGGAUCAUGAGGUGUAUCGGGCAACCGCAACAGUCCCGGUUCCGUUGUUGGCGGCCAAGACGCCACCUGCAGGGUCUAUGAACGUGCAUGGUAAUGAGGAUGCCGACUUGGUAUCCUUUGUGGCUAUUGGAAUUGGGACAUCAGAGAUGGAAGCUGAAACGGCUGCCUCAAUGCACGCUCUCAGCGUGCUCAAGCUACUUAACCGCCCGUUACUGGGAGACACAAGCACCGAAUGUGAGGGCCUCCCACAACACAAUCUUACCCGUGAUACAAUCAUUCCUGCGCCGUACCGUUAUGUUGUGGGUCACAUCGGACGCAUCAUGGUUCCAGGGCUCUCGCCGGGAAGGAGCAUUGGUGUUCCACCAUCGACUGCGCGGCAGCGUGGGCCUUCGGCGGAGAGCCGUGAGGAGCGGCUUCGCAGCGUGCGUGCAGGGUUACCAAAGAGUGACUGGUCAUUGGAUGCCGAUGCGGAUGGAUAUAUCAUCCUUAGCCCAAGCAUGAACGUGCAGGAAGGUCGAAAUUACGUGCACACGCUUCCCUCAGUCCGUCAGGCAGAUCGCUUUGCGCUGGUCCGAUUGAGGGACUACAUGGAGCGUCAUGGGAAGCGGUUAGAGAGCGCCGUGAAGACCUGCAUGCUUGAAACUGACGAGGGACUGACACGAUGGGUGAAGAAGGUUAUCCUUCCGGUACCUGAGGUGUUUGGUCAGGCUGUGGCACACGGGGAGGCUUACGCAGAGGAGGAGGCGCUUGUUAUGUGCGCUGUGCACGCCGAGCUUGUUCUUGACAAUCUUGGGGUUGCGCUUUACGAUCAUAACCUUCUCCAGGUAAAACACUGCGACGCUGCGGGAUUGCUGGGUCGAUGGGUGCCGUAUGAAACACAGUCGGCGCAAAGGGCUGUCCCUACUCCGCCGCCGAUACGAAAAGAACAUGUGGACUCGUGCCUAUGGGCGCGUCUUUCUAAGGAGGCAAGGAGGGAGAGCCCGGUUCUUUGUGGCGAGGGUCUGAAGCCUAUAACCCCAACAGUUCCCCUCGUGCGUGAGGAUAAUACGGCAGCAAGUGAAAAAACUCCCACGGCCACGGCGGCAACUGGACCCACAACAACGGCUUCCUCGGCUUCUUCCGGAGUGACAGAUGAUGCACUUUGCGACUUGGCGGGAUUAGUCUCGGUUCACCCUUCCGAGUUCUUCCGUCACGCGCCACGGUUGCUUGAAGGUUACUGCAAGCGUAAAGGCGUGGACAUUUAUCGCUGUGUGCGACAAUAUAACGUUUAUAAUCCUUGCUACGGUCUUGUGCAUAGAGCCAUUAUGGAAUUGCCCGUGCCAGCACAAUUUGGCCGACGCCAUGCUGUGGGAUGUGCUGCCUCAAAGAAAGAGGCUCUCCUCUUGUGUUGCAUGCAUGCAGUUUAUAUUCUUGGAGAACUGGGGGUGCCUAUUUACAUUGGGUCGAAGCAGGCGGAAUAUGCCGCUAUCGCCAAGUCAAAAGGGCGUUAUGCCCCGAAGCCAGGUGACCCGUUGAGAUCUGCUGAUACAAAGUCCCCGCCAGGUCUUAAAAGUCUUCAAGACAUGCACAUGGAGAAGCCGCUGGUGCCGAGGCCACCGUCUUUCACAGAAUGCCACAAAUCAUUUGUGUGGAGUAGUUAUGUGACAGCAUGCCGAGGAUACAUACAGAAGAUGAAGGAACAUGUGGUACUUGAUGCCCUUUUUAUACAGGGGAAGGCACCACGAAAUGGAGUGGUGAUAGAGGAUAACGGUCUCGACGUUAUUGAAGGCCUGCCACUUUUUGCAAAUGCCAAGUCUAAAUUGGUGCAGAAGUGUGCUGCUGCCAGACUACCGGCGCCGCCUCCUAUGGCAUUUCGCUUUGAAGUCUACGGCCGUCACCCACAUCGACGCUACUUGGUUGAGCAACCGGUGCUUGGAACUCCGUUUGUGGCGCGUGGAAUGGGGGAAGAGGGACAAGGGGCCGUCACACGAGCGGCAAUGCACUACGAAUACAUUGUGGGAAUAAUCAGUGACCCUCUGCUAGGGAGUGCGGAAACAGGGAACAUGUUGAGAAACCGGCAUGGUGACCUGUUUGAUCCCGUGCUUCGCGAUUUCACACCACGCGGGAAAUUGGCCAUCAUGGCACUUUACACAACGCUGCGAGACCCCUUUUUGCCGCUGCGUCUGACACUAAAGGAACGCAAUAGCUCGGCAGCCGGAAAUCAGUUGGUUUACGUCUCCCUUGUUGAAGUGGAGGAUGAGAGUGGACUACGCAUGGCAGGAAAAGGGGAGGACCGCACCAACGUCGAGGAGUCACGUAAUAGGGCAAUUGCCGAGCUCUAUAAACAGCUGCAACGUAAGUCCACAUUUCAGGCGGUGGCUCAAUUGCUGCAGACUUACCCAGCACUCCGUGCCGAGGGUGCUGCCCAAAUUCUUGUUGAGAAAAAAUCUAUGGCAGGCCUUCGGUUGAUGCUGGCGGGGCGCGAUGCUUUACCAGCAGCAGCACUAACUACACCACCACCACUGGAGCUGUCUGAAUGGGGUGGAGUAGCAACUCUGCUGCGCGGAGGCGAAGCCCAUCUAGACUCCCCAGAGCUGCAACUGCUUUGCACCCUCGUGGAGCGUGCACUCGGGUCUGCGUCGACGCCGAUUCCACUCAAUUUGCCUGCAGCACCACAACAUCUUUUGCGUACAAUGGGGUUUUUGAGCACCUGCGGAACGGGUGAAGGCAACGGGACGCCUCAGGCGAAUACAAUGGGAGUGGCUGUGACAUUAUUGGCUUCAUGUUUGCCGCCGUUGUCACCUGUACAUGUACAUGGGGAAUUUUUGCCUUUGACGAGUGGUGCGCUUCCCUUGCAGCUUGCCAAACUUCUCUUUGCGGGGUUAUUGUUGGACUCGUUACAUGUAUGUGUUCGUGUGGCUGCCCUGGUACUUUCUUCCUUCAUUAUUGACGGUGACAGCUGCCGAGGUGGGGAUGUGGUGGAACUUGUGCCUCUAGAGCUUCCGCAAAGUGCCAAGCGUCUCGCCACGGACAUCGCAGCACGACUUUAUGGUUUGUCAAGCCAGUUGAGGAAGUUGACGUCUCCGUCUUGCACACUUACAGCACUGAUGGACGCCUCUCGCGUGGUGGCGGAUGGUGGUUGGGGUUCCUUGCAGGAGGGAUGGACGAUAAAGGAGGAGGCACGUCUGCGCCUUGCUGUUUCAUUCGCCACCUUCCCAAGAGCGUUUAUUCAGCGGAAAGUUGCCACCGACGAUGUACUUCGUCUGAUAACAGUGGAGUCAAAGGAUCGUCAGCGAACAGCACGCAUUGCUGUGCCAUCUACAUUGGCAGUAGUUGGCAAUUUGUCUUCCGACAUUGCAGCUUCCUCUACGUCUUCUUCCUCCUCUGUAGCAUCAUCCUUGUCGUCAUGUCAUUCUUUUUUUCCGUGUUUCUGUGCCUUUGACGGGGCUUCCACUGGGGAAGGAGAAGAACUGUCUCUUUUGGGGACGUUUGUCCCGCCGUGUGGACUGCUGCUUGCAAGUGCGUCUUGCGAUGAGCCACGUGCGGUGGUCGUUGCUGAUGAUGUGCCAAAUAUAGCGAUUGUAGACGGAUUUUUGCCGGUUGUGAUGCGGUCGGCAGAGUCACUCGCUGCUCUCGUGGAAUUGCGUCUCACGUUGAGGUGCCACUGGGCCGCGCUGACGCCGCUGCUGGCUGACAUACAAGACAUUGUGGACAAACUCCUGGUGGCGAAGCACUCCCUGGCCCAUAUUCUUCGGGCCAAGUUGUUGGACUGA